CUCGCUGGACUGAAAGGAUACUCCAAGGGCCUGGUCGAUGAAGUCAGUUUUGCUAGCUUGACCAGUUUCCAGCAAUUUGCGCGAAAACGGCGUUCUCGGAUUCAAAUAAAUCCUGAGAAUUUGCGCAUCAUUGCAUUGAAGCAGGCUCAUGUUGGUGAAAAGCUCAAACGCAAAGAUUAC